AAGUUAUCAAAACAUGAGUUUGUGUAGAGUGGCAUGUUAACUUGUCAGAUUCAUGUGAUUGUAAUAAAGUGAUACAUCAAGAAUAUGUCUCAUUUUGUAUUUUCUAUAAGAGCACAUUUACUUAAAAGAAAGUUACAACGUUAUGAACAUGAAAAACAUAAUUCAAUAAGAAUACAUGAAGGAAUUUCACCCAAUUAUACUAUAUUUGACAAAUAUCAUCACUUUUGGGUUAGGUUCUGGAGAAGAAUUUCAGAACUGUUUGCAUGCUGUACCCUGUCACCUGACAACUGUGUUAGGCAGUUUUUUACAAGACUCUGUUCAGAGAACACAUUUGAAAACUACAUUAUUAAAAGUGUUUUUGGAUUCCUUGGUGGCGUUGUGCUGACCUACUUGAUUUUCACGUUCCUUGUGAUCCAGUACCACUACAGCGUGACCGCUGCGACAGCUCUGUGCACCAUCUUCGCACUGCUGCUGACGCUCGGACUCGCCUUCUCGCUGAGAGUCAGGUGCUUCGUGUUCCUGCUGCUGCCGCAGCUGUUCUCGAGCCGAGGUCGGCAGGCCCUCAUGGCGUACACGCUGAUCCUGGCCAUCUCCGGCCCGGGCCGCAACACCAUCAACAACAUGAACAUCCUGUCCGAGUCGAUGACCUGCACUGUGGAGGAACUGAAACACGCCUUGAUGCAGAUCCUAGAUGCCAUCAAGAGGCCGUUCAUCAUGAUAAGGGAUGCUCUGCACAAAGCCAUGGCCUUCAUCAAGAAAAUCGCAGAAAAACUGAAAGAGGCAUUCAUGGCGAUCAAGAGAAUAAUUAUCGGCAUAGGCGCGCUGAUCAAGAACAUGUACCACUGGCUCAAGUCGGUGGUGAACAUCUGCAACACGGAGGUGGGCACGCCGUUCCAGCGCUGCGUCAGGGUGUUCGGCGACGCGGUGGUCGACUGCCAGGCCAAGCUGGGGCCCAUGUUCGACUGGCUGUGCUCGAUCGCGUACGUGGCCGACGCGCUCUGCAUCACCGUGUACUUCCUCGACCUGCUGUGCCUGGUGCUCGACUUCAUCCGGACCAACGUCGGCGUCAUCGGGGACAAACUCAAAGAGUUUGCUAACCAGGUGAAGACCAUGUUUUACGUUAAGAUAAACAUCAGCCGAGACUUCGAAAUGGAGACGACGCAGAGUAAGACGUACAAGCAGAUCGCAGCAGAGAUAGCAGCUGACAUCCAAGAACGAGUGACUGUGUUCAUGAUCAUCUUCAGCUUCAUCGGCAUGCUGUUCAGCACCAUGUUCAUCAACAUACUCUUCAGGAUAUGGUGCUACAAGCGCAAGUUUCUCACGGCUGAGCAUUUCGACAACGUCUACAUCACUCAGGAUUUCAUCGAGCUGGACGUGAGGCGUGCAGCCAAGGACAUGGAGACGGUUCUCCCGCUCACCCGUGUGGAGCGUACCCAGUACAUCGUGAUGAGAUCAUUUCGUUUGAUACGGACUGAGAAACAGAAACUCGCCAGGCAGUUUUUAAUCCUCAGUGUGGGGUCCUUCAAAAUCCUCACAUACCUCUUCAUCGACUAUGGCUUGUUCUGGCUCAUGAUGAUUAUUAAAAAGCAUGGCAGAUUCAAGUCAACAGUGAACGCCCCAAAUAUGGUCGGUGUUCACAUAGAGGGCGACGGUGUCUUGGCCAAUUUGAUGCGCAGUAUUGUGAACGCCCUCAGACCUUUCGGCAUCAAGCUGGAGAUUGACACCAUUCACUGCCUCCCGGACCCUCUGCAACCAGACAUGUUCACCUAUGCAGAGAUCGGGAUCCUGCUGGGCCUGUGCUGGCUGCUGGCGCUGCUGGAGCCUUACGGCCUGCGGCUGCGCGCCCACAUCAUGGGCCGCUACCACCCGGACCGCGCCAAGCAGCGCGCCGUCUGGCUCUACAACCACAUCCUCAAGUCCCGCGUCGGCCUCCUCAAGUUCCUCCGGCGGCAGCUGCGUCGCCGCGUCACCAAGGGAGGCGGAGGCAUCGAGAAGGUCACGCUGCUCGAGCAGUUGGAGGCGUGGUGCCCCGUGCUGCGCACGCUGCUGGGCGUGAAGAAGGACCCCGCGUGCCUGCUGUGCGCCCACGUGAUACGGGAAGGCCGCGGCGAGAGGGCGGUGCGCUGCUACAAGCCCGGCUGCCCGGGCACGUACUGCGAGCCCUGCUUCGCGGAGCUCGGCGGGAUGUGCACCUUGUGCAUGGAGCCGGUGGAGUACGGCGACCUGUCCGACGUCAGCCUCGAGGAGGAGUCUGACGACGACGAAGAUGAGCAGCCAUUUAGUCGGUGGAGACAAGCCGUCACCGAGGAAACAAUGGAGCUGCUCCCACCAGAAGGAAACGGGCACAGCUCUCAUGCCGAUCUUCCACUGGACUACCAAGAGGACAUGGCCAGCGAUCCUAAUGUGGGCAAGUCGCCUCUGGUUCCAGUUGAGUCACACGUUAACUGUCCAAGGCCGGUGCUGUCCUCCACACAAUUGUUCAGCGAACCGCGGCCGGCAGACUACAGUUUGAGGCGGAGUGAAAUCUUGGAACGACUAGAUGAUACAGAGGCCAGAAAUAUGAGACAGCCAGAUGCGAUAGACACAGAAGAACUCAAACCUAAGAGCACUAAAUGGUAUCCCAUUUCACUAAUAGAUUGCCUGUGCUGGCCAUGCAAGUGGUUCAGAAACAGAAAGAAAAAAGAAGCAGAGUGUGAGCCAUUGCUACAGUAUUUCCAUCCAUCGACGGGCGAAGAUUUCGUAGAGCUGCAGCCCCACAGCUCAAGCAUGUACAGCUUUACAGACCGUGACAGAACACUACCGCCCAUGUUGGCUGUAAGUCGAGCUUCGGUCGCGUCACAUUGCUCGCGACCAAGUGAAUGCAGCAGCGUGGAAGAAAUAUAUUCUCAGUUAGUGUAUCAACUGGAAGAGGAACAUGGCACACUCUCAUCAACAACGUGUACUUGUGAUCUGUCGCAGGAGAGCAUUUUACCAUCUCACCCGACACCAAUCCACCGAGCAUCAAGUGACUUAGCACUCUUGGCAACUCCAUGUACUUGUGGUCUUCAGCAGGAGAGUGUUUUACCAACUCACCCAGCACCAAGUCACCUAGCACCAAGUGCUAGGUCAACCAUAUGUACUUGUGACCUAUCGCAGGAGAGUGUUUUACUAACUCACCCGACACCAAUCCACCCAGCAUCGAGUGACUUAGCACUCUUGGCAAGUCCAUGUACUUGUGGUCUUCAGCAGGAGAGUGUUUUACCAACUCACCCAGCACCAAGUCACCUAGCACCAAGUGCUAGGUCAACCAUAUGUACUUGUGACCUAUCGCAGGAGAGUGUUUUACUAACUCACCCGACACCAAUCCACCCAGCAUCGAGUGACCCAGCACUCUUGUCAGCUGCAUGUACUUGUGAUCCAAGGCCGGACAGCAUUUUGCCAUCUCGCCCUGCACCAAGUCACCCUGCACCUGUGCAACACGUUGGACCAUUGGCGGAGUCGCAUGUCGAAGAAGUCCACGUUCCAUUGCUAACAGGAAGAGUUUUGCCUCACCAACAAGCAAUCCUAAAACACUUAACAACCAUGUCAGAUAUGGGAAAUUUGUUGCUUCAACAAACCAUUGACUUGAGAGACGAAGACGAUCUAUCUACUGAUUAUGAUUACGCAGAAUUGCUUGCAUUUAAGGAACAAACUAUACAAUGUGAGCUAGCAAGAUACGCACAAACAGCUAUUUAUACAGAUGUAGAUACUUUAGAAAAGGCUUGCAAGGAGACACAUACUAUCAUUACAGUAGGCUUAUUUAAAAAAUUGAUUUCGCUGUUCCGGCGAUUGGUAGAUGCAGAAAGUCAUAGCAUAGAAGAACAAAGGAUGCUAAUUGCAUUUCCCGAGUCUUUUAAUGACCUCAAAGAACAUUUCCACCAAAUGAUGUUGGAUGCGGAUGUUGCAACCAACAUUCCAUCUCCUUCACUUUUGAGGGACUUCAUCCUUCAGUUCAAGGAAAUGGUGAAAGAAUUUGACGUCGGUACCCGCUCUCCAACGCCAGGCUCUUUGAGAGAAUUGAUCAUGCGUUUGCAGAAGAUGUUGGCAGGUUAUGAUCCAAGUCAUGAAUUAAUACCGAGCAUUUCAAUUCACCAGCUUAUGUCACGAUUCAACCGCACCAUAGGUCAGGAAGACGCAAUUUCUUUGAAUGAACAAGCCAGGCGGUUCGAAGAUCAGCUGAAAAUUGCGGUGGCUUUCUUCGAUACAAAUAAUUCGGAAUAUGGCGUACAGAGAGAAAUCCGUAUCAAAGAUUGGAUUUUACGAUUUGAACGUCCCGAGGACGAUGCGGAUCCCGGCCCUUCACGAACCAGUAGAACCAGAGCCCAGACUUCUCUACAAGUUCCUCGGCGCCAAAUGUUUUUCCGCUACGGGAAAUGUUUACUGCCAUUAGUUGCAGAAAAUCAAGACGAAAGUGAGGAAGACGAAGAUAAAACUGAAUAGGAACAACCCAAGUAUAUAAUUCUGUUUGUCGCACAAAUAAAACUUAAAGAACCAUAUUUUAUCAGAAUGAGACACGUGACUACCGAGGAAAGUAAGUGGUCAUUGAUCAUUCUCAUAAAAGGACUACAAAGCUCUGUUGGUGAAUGCUUGAAUGAUAAUGAAGCACAGAAGGUAGAAUCAGUGAAUAUAAUGCAAAAUAAGACUUUUUAGAUACAUAACAUUUUAAUUUCACUAAUAAUUUUAAACUAUGAGCAAACCAUAUUAUUUCUAAUAAAUUAUUUAAUACAUAGUUUUAGUUGUUUAAGUUUACAUAGAGAUUAUUAUAUUUUUUAAAUCACUAUAGUCUAGCUCAAUUAACAUAUUAAGAAUGGUUACUCUGAAGAACAAUAAUUAAUGUUGAGAAAUGAAACUGAUGAGGGAUCAAUUAUUAAUGAAACUUUAUUUCAUUACUGUUUUGUGAAAUUGUUACACUUUACUGAUAAAUAGAACUGUGUCUUGUUAAGUAGUAUCAUUGUGUUUAAAACACAUCUAAUUUACCAUCACUAGAAAGAUAAAAAUGUAUUUGUGCCCAACCUUUAAUAAACACCUCUAAAACAAACUUUUUAAA